AAAAAAAAAAAAAGUAGAAUAAUAAUAAUUAUAAAAAGGCUCAGACACGAGAGGUGAUAAACCCUUUUGCUAGGGUUUAAGGUUUAAGGUUCCGUUGCUACUUGAAAAUGGCCACCAGGUUGUUAUCAAGAACAACAACCAAAAGCCUGUGCAAAACUCUCCACCAUCACUUCCAGCACUCUUCUUCAUGUCUCGUUCAGCUCCUCAGAAACGCUCAUGUCCUUGGUUCUAGCCCAUUUGAUUCUACUAAGUUUCUUUAUAGAAACUCCAGGGGUAUGGUUUGUGCCCCAAAUUACGAUAUUAGCUCUCUCAAUCUCGACAAUAGGGUUCCUGCCACUGUAAUCACUGGUUUUCUCGGCUCUGGAAAGACCACUCUCUUGAAUCAUAUUUUAACUUCACAACAUGGAAAGCGGAUUGCUGUCAUAGAGAACGAGUUUGGCGAGGUGGAUAUUGAUGGUUCAUUGGUUGCUAGUCAUUCCUCAGUGGCUGAAGACAUUGUCAUGGUUAAUAAUGGGUGUCUAUGCUGUACCGUACGAGGAGAUCUAGUGAAAAUGCUCUUGGAAUUGGUUAAGAAAAAGCGAGACAAAUUUGAUCAUAUUGUUAUAGAAACCACAGGCCUUGCUAAACCGGCUCCUGUUAUUGAAACAUUUUGUACUGAUGAGUUAGUUUCACGUUAUGUGAAACUUGAUGGAGUUGUUACUUUGGUCGAUGCUAAGCAUGCCAUGCAACAUUUAGAUGAAGUAAAACCCAGAUUUGUGGUGAAUGAAGCAGUGGAACAAGUUGCUUAUGCAGACCGUAUCAUUUUAAAUAAGAUUGAUUUGGUGACUGAGGCUGACUUGGAGAGAUUGACCCAGAGAAUUAAGCAUAUCAAUGGGAUGGCUCAGAUAAAGUUAGCUAAAUUUGGAUGUGUUGACAUGGACUUUGUUUUGGGAGUGGGAGGAUAUGAUCUUGAGAGAAUUGAUUCCGAGGUUCAGGUAGAUAGCUCCCAUUGUGCAACCCAUCAACAUGAAACCGGGAAAGGACACCAUAAAGGACAUCAUCACGAUCAUGUGCAUGAUUCUGCUGUCUCCAGUGUCAGUAUAGUUUCUGAAGGAACCCUUGACCUUGAUGAGGUAGAUGAUUGGCUGGAAAGGCUUCUUGAAGAAAAAGGGGAAGACUUGUACAGGAUGAAGGGGGUCCUGUGUGUGAAUGGUUCUGAUGAACGUUAUGUUUUUCAGGGGGUGCAUUCUACAUUAGAUGGCUGCCCAGGCAAAACAUGGGAACCUGAUGAGAAAAGGGUGAGCAAACUCGUAUUUAUAGGAAGGAACUUGGAUGAAACUGCUCUAAGAAAAGGUUUCAGAGGUUGUCUAGUGUGACUGAGAAGUCGGUCAUGUCAGAUUGUCCAAAAGCUUAAACAGCAGAUGAAUGGGGGAUGACUGAAGGGAAACACAACAGCAACAUAGGCCUCCAAGGAUCACCAACCCCCAAGAUUUUUGUCAGAAUGAUGGGGUUUGCAUCACCAAAGCAUUAGGUCUUUUAUUAUGGUGGUGGGAUUUCUAGGGUUUUAGCUAUUGGUAGUUGGGUCUUUAUCUCUCAACUUCCAUAGUGGAAUAAGAAAUUUCUGAGAUUAGGCAGAAAAUUUCAUAUCUUUUGUAAACCUGAUUAUCAAUGUUGUACUGUCUCAUAUAUUUGUGACUUGAGGCUAUUAAUUUUGUUGGAGAAGAAGAACUCAAGGAAAGGUCCAUUUGUUAGUGAUUUUUGUGAAGCGAUCCUAGCCUGUAUUGCUUUGGUUUGGAAGCAAUUCUAAAUAGUUAGGUUACAUUUUGAUUGA